UUAGUUAGCCUUCAACUCGCAUCUCUGUAUCUUGAUCUGAGUCGUAAGCACACAAUUACAAUGGCGUAGUGCAAGGAUUUUUAUCCUUGCACUAUUCGAUGCCUCGAGCCAUCGAAAGUUAAAAGCCUCUCGUCUCACGUUUGACAGUUGACUUGGCUCGAAAAUGAGUUUCAACGUGAAGAAAACCGGUGGCAGAAUGUGGCACGAAGCCCGCAAGCAGGAGAAAAAAAUCCGUGGUAUGCUGGUCGAUUACCGCCGCCGUGCCGAGAGGAGACGGGAUUAUUAUGAAAAAAUUAAAUCUGAUCCAACACAAUUUUUACAACUCCAUGGUAGACCUUGCAAAAUACAUUUGGAUCCUGUUGUGGCAGCUGCUGGUGAUAGUCCAGCAAACAUGAUGCCAUGGCAAGGCAAUGCAGAUAAUUUAAUCGAUAGAUUUGAUGUUAGAGCUCAUCUUGAUUGGAUUCCAGAGGCUCCUAAAAAUAAUGACAUUGAUAUACCAUUAACAAAUGAGGAUAGGCAAAUCAAUUAUGAAAGAUAUCGAAUAAUUGUUCAAAAUGAAUUUCUGUGUGUGCCAGAAGAAAAGUUUCUUCAUCAAAUUCAUGUUGAAGAACAAUUUGGAGCAACAAAAUUAGAUAGUGGGAAAGAUAAAAAAAAAUCCAGUAACAAUGCAGCAAUUGGUUAUAAUUAUGAAACAGAAGAACCAAUCCCAGAGGGUGUUAAACCUGCUGAAACGAAUGAAUCAGUAGAAGAAAAAGAUGAUGAUGACAGUGACAUUGACUUGGAUAUUUGUGUUGAUGUGUCACAGAUUGAAUCAGCUCAAGCACACGAAAUGAAUCAAGUUGGACAAAGGUAUGGACUUCUAGGAGCAGAUUAUUUCAGUUUUUUAACCCAAGACCAUGAGGAAGCUGAAUCUCUUAAGCUUGCUCGCAAGCAGGAAGAAGAAAAAGCAAUGUUUUCUGGUCGAAGAUCUAGGCGAGAGAGACGUGCUUUUAGAGAGAAAAAAAUGAUCGGUCGUGUCAUCAGCCCUCCAAGUUACGCUGCCAGGGAAAGUCCCAAUUACAACCCAUACAGAAAAUCCUCUUCAAAAUCACGAUCGCGCUCAUUAUCUCCUGCUAAUGCAGGGCAAAUCACUUACAUAACUAGUUUUGGAGAUGAGGAAGAGAGCACUGUAACAAGUUCUUCUCAACCAAUCACAAAAAAAGUCAAUUCCACCAAUACCAGAAUGAAAGCGUUGAGUCCAAUGUCAACAAGUAAAAAAUUCAUUAAAUCUCGAUCUAAAAGUCGGUCUAGAUCUCGAGAUAGAAACUUGAAAAGAAAACCAUCACCAUAUUCAAGAUCAAAGCGAGAGUCUCCCCGAAAUCGCAAGUACCGUCGUUCUAGAUCACGGAGUCGUUCAAGACGAUCAACUUCAAAAUCCAGGUCACGUUCUCGUGGACGAACUCGAACACGUUCAAGAUCCAGAGGCAGAACAUAUUCGCGUUCUACCCAUAUUCCUUCCAGACGCAGAUAUUCUUCUACCUCAUCUUCCUCGUCAAGGAGUGCCAGCCCGAGAGCUAAACGAUUUAGAAGUCGUAGUCGGAAUAGAACUAGAUCCCUAUCUAGAAGUAAAACUAAAUCAAGAUCCAAAUCUAGAUCGAGAUCUAAAACUAAGUCUCGAUCUCGAUCGAAUUCUAGAUCUGUAUCUAAGACUCCGAACAGAGCAAGAACGCGGUCUAGGUCGAAAUCUAAGUCUAUCUCAAAAUCAAGAUCAAAGUCUCGUUCGAGAUCUAAAACAAGAAGCAAAAGUCGGGAUAGAUCAAAGUCAAGAUUCUCCAGAUCCAGAAGCAAAUCUGUCUGCAAACGUUCUAAAAGUGUUGAUAAACCUCUACCUGUUCCAAGGUAUUAUGGACGUAGAGGCAAAUCAUCUAGUUCUGAAUUGGAAAUUUCAGAUGAAGAAGACAAAAAUUCUCAUUCUACUCAAUCAGGAUCGUCUAAUUUUAACUCAAACCGACCAAAAGCAGGGUUAAGUACAUUAUCUGGUGCCGGACUCAAAGUUCAAAAAAUUACUCCGCAAGAGCGGCUUAAAAAGAAAAUGCAAGCUAUGUUGAACAAACAAUACAAAGCGGAUAAAAAAGCAGAACAAGCUCGUAUGGAAAAAUUGGAGCAACAAAGGCAGACCCGCGAAGAUGAAAUUCGAGAAAUGUCUUUGAAACUCAGACGAAAGCAACGUGAACGUCGACAUCGUUACGAGAGUACUUUAAGCUCUGGUUCCCGUUCAAGUCACUCUCGUUCUCCUAGCAAUGAACGAGAACGAACCUCAUCGAGUAGAAGAGAACAUAGGGACGAUGAUCGGAGCAGAGACAGAGAAAAAGAGCGAGAUAGAGAUCGUGACAGGAACCGCGACAGAGACAGGGAUAGAGAUCGAGAAAGGAGUAGAAAUCGGGAUCGCGGUCGCGAUCGCGAUCGUGACAGAGAUCGGCAGCGCGACCGAGCUAGAGACCGGGAACGAGAUAGAAGAUCUAGUAGUGAUAGAGGCCGCCAAGGAGAUUCUCGAAGACGAUCGACUAGAUCAUCAUCUCGAAAUGACAGUCCCAAAAAUAAUCGUGGAUUAGUAGACUAUUAAAUGGUAUUUUAAAUUUGAUCAAAUCAAGUGACGUCAAUUACAGUAGAUAAUUUCUGCACAAUCUUGUAAUAUAAAACUGUGAUCUUUAAAAAAAUUCAUUUUUUUACGGUAUUAGCCACUAGGUAUUUAAAUGCUAAUUUAAACAUGUCAAAAAUGAGAAAACUCCGACUUUAUUCUACUAUAUGUAUAAAUAUAUAAUGU